AUGUACCCAUCCCUGGGGUGGCAGCAGAAGUCCCACCCCUUUGACUGUCAGUCAACUGGUCUCCAGGAAAGCACCAAGGGGCCCCUGUGCCUCGGAAGUACUGGAGAGGAGAAGGGAGCCCCACUGCUCCGCCCACGACAAGCCGAGGUGCAGGUCUCCCAGUCUGGAGGCCCGGAAGUGGCUAUUGGGAGAGAGAGGCAGGGCCGGUUUUCCUUCCCACGGCAGAGGCAGCCCGUGAUCCGCGGCCUUCGGGGACGGCCGGGAUGGGCUCCUGGGCCAGAGGAGCAAGGACACUUGUUUGUGGCCCAGGCCAUCGACCUGGUCUGGGGAACCUUUCAGAGGGGUCGGUGCGGCGAGGAGGCCGAGGGAGGCAGCCGGGGCACGGACCAAUCAGAGGAGGGACGGAGCGGGAUGGGGCUGGGCAGGAGGCGGGGAGUCCGUCCUUCUUCCAACUUUGAGGGAGGCCCAGCCAAUGCCAGGGGGCUCCCUGGGCAGGAGUGUCCAAAGGUGCCUGCUGCCCCUUCAAGCCCGGCCCAGAUCCCGGGGAGCCAAACCUGCCAGGCUUGCGGGGCCCCCCGAUGGUCGCCGUGGUCCGCCUGGUCCCCGUGUUCCGUGUCCUGCGGGGGGGCUCCCAAGCUGCCCAUACCUGCCUGGGUAGGGCCGUCUCUGGGGAAGGGGCAGCCCGGGAGCCUUCGUUGGGAGCUCCAGGUGUGCCAGGACCGGGAGUGUUGCCCGGAGGCUGGCGGCUGGUCCGACUGGGGGCCAUGGACCCCGUGCUCCGUGACUUGUGCUAAGGGUCUGCGGAGCCGCCGGAGGGCCUGUAACCGGCCCGUCCCAAAGUGUGGGGGCAGCUGCUCUGGUGGGGAAACCGAGACCGAGCCGUGCGACACGCAGAGCCUCUGUCCCAUCCACGGGGCCUGGGCAGCCUGGGGGCCUUGGGGACAGUGCUCGGCCUCCUGCCACUGGGGACCCCAGGUCCCCGUCCAACAGAGAACCAGAAUGUGCUCUUCUCCGGCCCCCUCGACCCAGCCCCCGGGGAGACCCUGUUCCGGCCCCGCCUACGAGCAGCAAGGCUGCAAGGGCCUCCCACCGUGCCCUGGUAGGGGUGGCUGGGGUCCCUGGGGCCCCGCCAGCCCCUGCCCGGUGACCUGUGGCCUGGGUCGGACCCGGGCGGCGGCGUGCAACGCCCCUCACCCCCAGCCGGGCCGCCGGCUGUGCCCGGGGCGGGGCCAAGGCCUGUGCAACCACCGGGAGAAACCCUGCCCGGAUCCCCGGUCCUGGGGCCCCUGGGGAAUGGGGCCCUGCACCCCCCAGAUCACCAACAUCGCGUGUCAGAACGUGCCAGGCCAGCAGCAGCGCUCUCGAGUGUGCGAGGGCCGGCUCCACAAUGGCCAGCGCUGCACGGGCCGCUUCCAGGAGACCCGGCACUGCUACAACAUCCACCUGUGCCCCUUGGACGGCUCUUGGGCAGCCUGGGGGCCCUGGGGUCUCUGCACGCCCCCCUGUGGGCCCUCCCCCACCCGCUCCCGGCAACGUCACUGCACCGCCAAGUUGCCCGCUUACUCGCCCACCGUGACCGUGGUAGAAGGCCAGGGGGAGAGGAACGUGACGUUCUGGGGAAGCCCCCGGCCCCGCUGCGCCGAGUUGCAGGGCCAGAAGGUCAAAGUGGAGGAGAAGAAGCCCUGUCUGCACCCUCCCCCCUGCAAAGACCCUCUGGAGGAGGGAGGCUGACCCGGCAUCCCGAGGAGGACUCGGCAUCCUGGGUGGGGGGGGAGCCCGGGGUCACGGAGGGGAUUCUCCUGCCCCACAGGCCCGAGUCUUGUGAAGCGCUGCCCCCAAUAAACAGAUCUCCCAGCUCAA